UAGUGCGCGGUACAAGUGGGAGCGACUCGCAAUCGACUGUCCUUUUCUGUUUCCUGCGAGGGACAGUCGACAGUCUCAGCCUGAGAACUGAGACGCAGCAGAGCCGUUAAAGCAGAAAAAAAGCGACACGGGGGGGAGUUACCAUGUCUGGAAAUAAAGACAGCGACGGAGGAUGGAAGAAAUUUGUGUGGAAUUCGGAAAAGAAGGAGUUUCUAGGGCGCACGGGAGGCAGCUGGUUUAAAAUCCUCUUGUUCUAUCUGAUUUUCUACGGAUGCUUGGCUGGAAUUUUCGUUGGGACCAUUCAGGCAUUGCUGCUAACGUUAAGCAAAGACAAACCCACCUAUCAGGACAGAGUUGCUCCCCCAGGUCUGUCACACACCCCACGCUCAGACAAAUCUGAAAUUUCUUUUAAGAAGAGUGAUCCGAGUUCAUACAGCAAGUAUGUCCAAAGCAUGAACGAAUUCCUUGAGAUGUACAAUGAGACAAAGCAGAAUCGGGACUUCUACGAGGAAUGUGGAACGCUUCCUGACACGUACAAAGAUCGAAGUAUGGAAGAAAAGAAGAAAGUCUGCAAGUUUUCUAGGUCUUUGCUGAAAAACUGCUCAGGCACAGACCCUGAUUAUGGCUUCAUGGAGGGGAACCCAUGUGUUAUCAUAAAGCUCAACAGAAUUGUGAACUUCCGACCAAAGGCUCCUUCAAACAACUUAUCACUAGAACUGCCGGUAAAAGUUAGCCCUAACGAGAUCCCCAUUUACUGCAAGCCUAAGAGAGCUGAGGAUGAAGGCCAGAUCGGAGAGAUAAAGUACUAUGGGAUAGGCCAAGGCUUUCCUCUGCAGUACUACCCAUAUUACGGCAAACAGCUGCACCCCGACUACCUGCAGCCCUUGAUGGCCGUUCAGUUCGUCAAUGUGACGGAGGGAAAGGAGAUCCGCAUCGAGUGCAAAGCAUUCGGAGACAACAUCGAUUACAGCGAGAAGGACCGCUACCAGGGACGCUUUGACAUAAAGCUCACCGUGUCGUGACCUGAGCUACAGCGAGCACUCAAUUUGAAAACGAAUACAACUUAGAGAAAACCGUUCAGAUAAAAACCACCACUAGUCUUUGAACAUUCAUAAUAUACAGGACCUACACUUAAUCCGUGUGCUUUACACUAGCUUUUCUGUGUGUUCGUCGAGGGUUAGAAUGUAAAAUACAAAAGUAGCAAUAGCAAAUAUUUAUUCUACUGUACAUGAAAAGAUUCCUUGAGCCAUGGGAAACGUUCAUCCAUUUACUGUAAAACGGCAAUUCCACUACUGACGUGUAGCGAGUUGUUUUCUGUCCCGAAAUACUUCACCCUUACGUGGUUUCUAUAUAUUUUUGGAGUGUCCAGUGCUGUAGUCUAGUCCCAGCUGUAACCUCUUUGUCUUAUGUCCGCUUUAGUGGUCCAAGGUGUGUGCGCGCGCGUGUGUGUGUGUGUGUGCUCGUGUCUAUGUGCUGGCGUUUACAGGAGUGUGUGUGUUCAUGUGCUCUGACUAACUGAAUUACUGGCAUGGUACUCUGAACGUUUAAGGCCCACGUCUGAAUAAAUAACUGCUCUGUG